CUGCAUAGUAAAACGACUUCUAUGGCAUAAAAAAAAACGGAAUGCAUAAAAAAAUUGACGAAACGGCCGCGCAUAGCAAUUGGCCGCCACUGAGUAGCCCAGCUAGAUAAAAGAAAGUAUACCCCAAUAAAAGUCCCAAUUGGACCCUGUUUUAUCAUCGACAAUUCCUGUAGAUUACAAGAGAAUUUUAUUCCGAAAUUAUUUAUCUAAAACUACAUUUCCUUGAGCAGAAAAAAUUAUACGAUCACAUCCACAAAACCAUAAAACUUGCAUUGUAUUUCCUUAGAAGUUGUUAUAUAAUCAUAGAUGGUGCCAAUUAGCGUUUUAACUCACACAGAAAAAUGUUUGGCGAUAAUUUUGGCAAAAGUUUAGCGCCAAAAGUUACCGAACUUUUAAUAGUCUUCAUGUCGAUUUCAGUGUUUCAAAUGUCAAGUCACCUCCCAGGUGUUCUUUGCGAUUCUUCUUUUAAUUGCAGUUCCUCGACUGUUUACGACCCUACAAGUCAGACUAAAAAUGCAGACGGUCAAAAUUACGAUCAAAAUUACAUUUUCUACUUAAAUAGUCAAAACUUUCCUUCUCACUACUUUCCGAUGACAAAUUGCAUGUACACCAUAAAUGUUCCUGAAAACUUCAAAGUAGUUAUUGAGUUCUUACAUUUCGAUGUCGAGGAACCAACUAAACUCGGAGUUUGUGAAUUCGACAAGCUCUCUUUAAUCCUCAGCUCGGACCAAGUUUUCGAAUUUUGUGGCAACCAGAGUUCCAGUUUGGAAAACUUCGUUUUCAUAUUAACUGAUUCUGAAAUAGCGCUGAAGUUCCAAAGUGAUGCUAGUGAACAAUUCUCUGGAUUUAACAUCCGAGUUUCCUAUUACCCAAUCCAUAAAAAUGUCAAGUUUGUUUUUGACAGAAAGACUGAAGCUAACGGGACUUUGCAAAGUCCGAACGCAUUAGCGGGCCAACCAUUUCUGCCGGAAAAUAUUGAAUGGACAGCCGACUUGACAGUUCCAGAAUCCAAAUGCAUUUACAUGCAUUUCAGCCCCCUAGCGACAAUUUUGAAUUCAAACAUUUCGUUAAAUUCAAGCUACAACAUGUCCACCGGCGAAGCAUGUUCAGUUAGGUACUCGUACACCACAGAAGUGGGAUCAAAAAUUUCGAACGAAGUGUGCUUUGAAAGUCUGGACAUGAUUACCAUAGAUAUUCCACAUCAGUCAGUUCAUUUGUAUUUCAGUACCCUUGUUAGCGCCAACGAAUCGUGGGAAAGUAACCAAAUUAACUUGCCUUCCUUUUUGGCUCAUUACACCAUUCAUCAAAAUGCGGCUUGUUUGAGCGAACAGUCCGAGAAGUUCUCGUUGAAUAUUGUCGGACUGUGGUUUAUUGUGAGCAUAUCUUCGAUUGUGGUCAUCAUCGUCUUUUCAAUCCAGGGUUUCGUGAAGCACUGUGUCGAAAGCCGACAGUGUUGCUACAAAUACAGGAACCGAUUGACGGCGUCCCGUCGCAACAGCGCCUCAGUGGCCGGGACUCCCAAGUUCACCCGGCAGAAAAGAAGCGUCAACCACAGAGAGCAACUAACACCAGCUCUGCUGGGCGAAGCACUGGAAGCCAUCAACUCAAAUAACAAAGCGGCACUCGCCACUGCGAACGGAUCGGCUAAGCGAAUGUCUAGCGGCCAAAUCAGCCCACCUCCUGUGAAAACUCCAGCUGAAAUUGUGGGCAAAGUGCCGAAAAUUCCUCUGGUGAUCACGGAGCCUACUCCAAGUCCAUCAGUCGAAGAUCAAAACAAGGAAACAGAAGAUAAUGCUGCCGCCUGUAACAUCAAAACAGAUAACUUUGUUACUACGAGUGACAAAAAAGCGCUACUCACAAUUCCCGAAAAAACAGCUCCCGAAGUCAUUAAACCUUUAACAAAACUUGUCAAAAAAUCUUCAUUGAAUUUCCGGUCAGAAGUGAAGCCAAACCAAGUGCUGAAAUUCAGUCAAACUGUCAGAGGCCCAGACAAGAAAGAAGAUAAACCAAAACAUCACUUAGUUAUAGAAAGAAUCGACGAAAGACGCGGUAGCAAUGGUUUCGUUAACGCGGCGUUUCUGUCUGAUGAGCAGUCGGGGUUGAUUUUCGAAAGAAUAAGAAGCUACAGUCAAUCCGAUUCUACCGUGAAAGUUGUCCCAGAUAGCCGAAAUGAGAUCGAACUGACAUCUUUGGACCAAAAAAGCUCAACUCUACCGCCAAACAAAAUCAAAGUCACCGAAAUGAAGAAUGAAAAUGAAAACUCGGAAAUCAAUGGCUCCGCUAUUUCGCAUGUCAAAAAUUUGCCCCGUCUCAAGGAUGAAAAUUCAAACUAUUCUCACACCGUAAUGAAUGGAGUAGUCAUUACUUAAUUCGUUUUCUGUUUAUUUUGUUUAUAAAUAUUUUUUCAAAAAAAUGGACCAAUUAAUGAAAUCUAAAGAAUUUGAAAAAUUUAUCAA